AUGAGCAGCUCAGAAUCCUUAAGCUCCCUGGAGCUCGAACCACACAAGCUAGUAAGGGACUCCAGUGAAGAGUACAACGAUACCUUCACCCACAAUAGAAGCAUGGAGCUCACGAGAACACGAACAGAAACAGCCAGAUCCCUCAGAGAGUUGGGCAUCAGUCAAGACAUCCCCCAGCCAGACAUCAACAUGCCUCCUAUGCAAGACCCCAUCUUCCCUGAAGAGUACACUUUGGAGACAGAAACAGGGUUGGUGCCAGUGGAAAACCUCGAGAGAAUCGGGCGUGUGAAGUCAAGGCUUUCACGAGUGUCGAGCCAAAGAACAGUGGUGACAGGUUCAGACGGCGAGGAGAAGCUUGACCCAGACAUUGAGUUUGUCACUUUCCACAAGAACGACCCAGAGAACCCUCACAACUGGAGCAUGUUCCGCAAAUGGCUUUAUACGUUUGUAUACUCGUGGGCGGUGAUUUCUGCUGCUUACGGGUCCUCGUCUUUGGCUGGUGGACUCCCGCUUAUCUGCGAAAAGUACAAUGUCUCUGACGAAGUGGCCGUAUUGACAGUCUCUUUGAUGGUUAUAGGAUUCCUUGUGGGUCCUCUCCUCUGGGCGCCUCUCUCGGAGCAGAUUGGCCGCAGACCCGUUUACUUUGUCAGUUUUGGCCUCUAUACGCUUUUCAACGUGCCCGUGGCGCUCUCUCCCAACAUAGGCGGUGUGCUUGUGUGUCGUUUCCUUCUCGGUGUAUUCUCGUCUUCUGCCUUGACCAAUGUCGGUGCCAGCUUGGUGGAUUUGCACAACGAAACACGAGGCAUGGCCAUAGCCAUUUUCUCAUUUUGCCCUUACUCUGGCCCAGUAUUUGGAGGGAUUGUCAAUGGGUUCAUUUCUGUCGAUAGCGGCAGAUACGAUCUCAUGGUCUGGGUGAACAUGGCGUUUGCUGGAGUAAUGUGGAUCUUGAUGGCACUCAUUCCUGAAACGUACGCUCCGGUGAUUUUGAAAAGAAGAGCUAAAAAGCUUAGAGCUCAAACCGGCAACGACAAGAUCAUGACCGAACAGGAAGCUACGCCAAUGACAUUCUCUGAAAUGUUGAACAACAACUUAUACCGUCCCAUCAAGUUCUGCUGGCAGGAACCCGUGUUGGUGCUUGUGUGUGCAUUUGUGGCCCUCAUCUACGCUUUGCUUUAUGCCUUCUUCUUUGCAUAUCCAGUGAUCUUUGGCGAGUUGUAUGGCUACAAAGAUGACAAGAUUGGCCUCAUGUACAUUCCUAUCUUGAUCGGUGCUUUACUUGCUGUUUUGCUCACCCCGGUGCUUGAGAAACAGUACUUGGCUAUGAAGAAAAGAAGAACUCCAACUCCUGAGGAUAGACUUGUGGGCGCCAUGAUCGGCUCUCCGUUCCCUUGCAUAGCCUUAUUUAUCCUUGGUGCCACCUCCUAUAAGCAUAUUAUUUGGGUCGGUCCAGCGUCGUCUGGAUUGGCUUUUGGCUUUGGUAUGGUUUUAAUCUACUACUCCUUGAACAACUACAUCAUUGACACAUACGCCAAGUACGCUGCUUCCGCAUUGGCCACGAAGGUCUUUUUGAGAAGUGCUGGUGGUGCUGCAUUUCCACUUUUCAUUACACAAAUGUACCAUGGCUUGGGUUUGCAGUGGGCAUCGUGGUUAUUAGCAUUCUUGUCGUUGGCGAUGAUCGUGGUUCCUUUCUCUUUCUACAAAUUUGGAGGGUCCUUGAGAGCAAAGCUCUGUAAGGAAGAUUAUUCUGCCAAACUUGUGUAA